AUGGCCUCCGUCGCGCGCCUCAGCAGCUCUGCCCUCCGGGCCUCCUCCAUCAGCCGGGCCACCGCCUUCAACACGGUCCGCUGCUACUCCGCUAAGACCCAGACCCUCAAGGAACGUUUCGCCGAGACCCUCCCCGAGAAGAUUGAGCAGGUCAAGGCUCUGCGCAAGGAGCAUGGCUCCAAGAUUGUCGACCAGGUGACGCUGGACCAGGUCUACGGUGGUGCUCGUGGCAUCAAGGCCCUGGUCUGGGAGGGUUCCGUCCUCGACUCUGAGGAGGGUAUCCGUUUCCGUGGCAAGACCAUCCCCGAGUGCCAGGAGCUUCUCCCCAAGGCUCCCGGUGGCAAGGAGCCUCUCCCCGAGGGUCUCUUCUGGCUUCUCCUGACCGGCGAGGUCCCCACCGAGCAGCAGGUCCGCGACCUCUCGGCUGAGUGGGCGGCUCGCUCCGACAUCCCCAAGUUCGUCGAGGAGCUCAUCGACCACUGCCCUACCGACCUCCACCCCAUGGCCCAGUUCUCGCUGGCCGUCACCGCUCUCGAGCACACGUCUUCGUUCGCCAAGGCCUACGCCAAGGGCAUCAACAAGAAGGACUACUGGACCUACACCUACGAGGACUCCAUGGACCUCAUUGCCAAGCUGCCCAACAUUGCCUCGCGCAUCUACCAGAACGUCUUCAAGGGCGGAAAGGUUGCGCCCAUCCAGAAGGACAAGGACUACUCGUUCAACUUUGCCAACCAGCUCGGCUUCGGUGACAACGCCGACUUCGUCGAGCUCAUGCGUCUCUACCUGACCAUCCACACUGACCACGAGGGUGGCAACGUCAGCGCCCACACCACCCAUCUGGUCGGCAGCGCCCUCUCCUCCCCCUUCCUCUCCCUGGCUGCCGGUCUCAACGGUCUUGCCGGUCCGCUCCACGGUCUUGCCAACCAGGAGGUCCUCGGCUGGCUCACCGAGAUGAAGAAGUCUGUCGGUGACAACCUCAGCGACCAGAACAUCAAGGACUACCUGUGGUCGACCCUCAACAGCGGCCGCGUCGUCCCCGGUUACGGCCACGCCGUCCUCCGCAAGACUGACCCCCGCUACAUGGCCCAGCGCAAGUUUGCUCAGGAGAAGAUGCCCAACGACCCCAUGUUCCAGCUGGUCAGCCAGGUUUACAAGAUCGCCCCGGGUGUCCUGACCGAGCACGGCAAGACGAAGAACCCUUACCCCAACGUCGACGCCCACUCUGGCGUCCUCCUCCAGCACUACGGCCUGACCGAGGGCAACUUCUACACCGUCCUAUUCGGCGUCUCCCGCGCUAUCGGUGUCCUUCCUCAGCUCAUCAUUGACCGCGCCUACGGUGCCCCCAUCGAGCGUCCCAAGUCCUUCUCCACCGAAAAGUGGGCCGAACUCGUCAAGAAGCUGUAA